AUGCAGCGGGAGGCCCCGCCGUCAGCCGAGAACGGCGAGGCCGCCGACUCCCGGCAGGACCAAAAGGAGGAGCGGGAGCAGGAGUGGGAGCAGGAGCUGGAGCGGUCCCUGAAGUCCCGCACCGUGGAGGUCUCGGCGGGCGGCUUCCACGGCAGGAUGGUCUCCCUGUGGGAGCUCCUCUUCUCCAAGUACGUCUCCGAGGCAAAGAGGCAGGAACUGCUGGGGAAGGUGCGGGCCAGGAGCCUGGAGCUGGACGAGCUGGCCAGGCUCCUCAGCGUCCUCGUCCAGGAGGCGGUGCAGCGCAGCAGCACCGUGAAAUUCACAGGCCUCAGGAGGCAGGUGACCGCCUCGGACCUGCUGGACUCGGGCAUCAUUGACAAGGACACGCUGGCCGACCUGGUCCAGGGCUCCAAGACGGUGCAGGAGGUGACAGAAAUGGCCUCCGUCAAGCGCUACCUGGACGGCACGGGCUGCAUCGCCGGCGUGCUGGUGCCCUCCAAGACCGACCCCGCCAAGAUGGAGAAGAUGACCAUCUACCAGGCCAUGUGGAAGGGCAUCCUGAGGCAGGGCACGGCCCUGGUGCUGCUGGAGGCGCAGGCUGCCACCGGCUUCCUCGUUGACCCGCUGGCCAACAAGAAGCUCUCUGUGGACGAGGCCGUCUCCUGUGGCCUGGUGGGCAGCGAGCUGCACGAGAAGCUGCUGUCGGCCGAGAGGGCCGUCACGGGCUACACCGACCCCUACACCGGCGACCAGAUCUCCCUCUUCCAGGCCAUGCAGAAGGACCUCAUCGUCAAGGAGCACGGCGUCCGCCUGCUGGAGGCCCAGAUUGCCACCGGCGGCAUCAUCGACCCCGUGCACAGCCACCGCCUCCCCGUGGAGGUGGCCUACCGGCGCGGCUACUUCGACCAGGAGAUGAACCAGAUUCUCUGCGACCCCAGCGACGACACCAAGGGCUUCUUCGACCCCAACACCCACGAGAACCUCACCUACAUGCAGCUCCUGCGACGCUGCGUGCCCGACCCGGACACUGGUCUUUAUUUCCUUAAGGUUUUCAGAAAGUAA